UUUUUUUUUGAAAAAAAAUAUUAUUUUUGAAGAGGGACAAAAUCGCUUCUCUCUUGUGUUGUUUGCUAAGCUGCUCAAGGAAGAAGAACAAAAAGGUCCGGUUCAUAGCUCUUGCGGCAAUUGGUCUUGAAAGGAGAUAUUGUUGCGGAAAUGGCACCGGGUAAUGCGUACGUCUUGGGCGUUGGCCUCACCAAGUUCCUCAAGCCCAGAGGAGAGCGGACGUAUGUGGAGAUGGGUUAUGAGGCGGGUGUAAAGGCCAUGCUGGAUGCCAGGAUCAACUACGAUGAUGUAGAAGCCGGUGUCGCCUGCUACUGCUCGGGCCCGACGACUUGUGGCCAGAGGGUCUUCUACCAGUUCGGUAUGACAACCAUCCCAAUCUACAACACCAACAAUGCAUGCGCCACUGGAUCGACUGGUCUUAAUCUUGGUCGAACCCUCGUCCGGAACGGCGCCAUCGAUUGCGCCCUUGUGAUCGGCUGGGAACAGAUGAAGCCAGGCCCGCUCGUUGGAGCACCUGGUGAACACCCGCCACCAAUGGAACUAUCGUUCAAGCUGAUGGCGAAGGGACGUGGUAUCACCAACAGCCCUCCGAACGCUCAGAUGUUCGGCAACGCCGGAAAGGAGUACAUGGAGAAGUAUGGCGCGGAGGCACGAGAUUUCGCAGAGAUCGGUCGCAUCAGCCACGAGCAUUCUCAGCGCAACCCGUACGCCCAGUUCCGACAGAACUAUACCCUCGAGGAGAUUGAAAAGUCGCCCAUGAUUCACUUCCCGUUGACCAAACUUCAGUGCAGCCCUACCAGCGACGGUGCCGGAGCUGCCGUCAUCGUUUCCGAGAAGUUCCUCAAUGCCAGGCCGCAUCUCCGCUCGCAGGCUAUUCUCAUGGCUGGCCAGUGCAUGAUGACUGACUCGCCCCGGCUCUACUCGAAGAGCGACAUGGAUCUCGUCGGCUUCGACAUGACCGCGCGAGCGGCCAAGGCUGCUUACAAGGAGGCCGGCGUGACGCCAAAGGACAUUGCUGUGUGCGAGCUCCACGACUGCUUCUCUGCCAACGAGCUGAUCCUGCUCGAUGGCCUUGGAUUCUCAGAGCCGGGCAAGGCGCACGAGAUGGUCCGCCGCGGUGAUAUCACGUACGGUGGCAAGGGCCCGAUCAUCAACCCAUCCGGCGGCCUCAUCUCUAAGGGACACCCUCUCGGCGCCACCGGCCUGGCGCAAUGCGCCGAGCUGACCUGGCAGCUGCGAGGCUGGGCCAACAACAGACACGUUGACGCCGACGUUGCGCUCCAGCACAACCUCGGCCUUGGCGGCUGCGUCGUCAUCACCAUCUACAAGCGCGCCGACGGCAAGAAGAACACCAAGCUCUCCGACGAGGAGGUCAAGAAGGCCAGCGGCGUGGGCUACAACCCCGCCACGGAGGCUAGGUACGUCACCAGAGCGCAGGGCGACGCCGUCCGCAGCAAGAAGGCGAGGGAAGACUAUGCCCUUGGCAAAACCCUCGAUCAAAUUGACGCUCGCUUGUAGAAGAGCCUCGUCCAAAUAGUGUAGCCAUAUAGCAUCUAAUAACUUUUUUUUUGCUCCCC